AUGGGCAUCAAAAGAUCAAGCCAACACCUUGUUCUGGUUGCAAUUUGGGCUGUGCUCUUUCUUAUAGGAUAUUUAAGCCUCUCGCCAUCACGCGAAGGCGUGGGCUUUAUCAAAAGCCCCUUUAGGCGCAGCAGCAGCAUUCGACCUCGGUAUAUUUUUGUCGAUCUUGGUGCCAACAUUGGUGACUCACUCGAUGCCUUUCUGGGGAAAGAAGACGCCAAGUUUCAGUACGAAUUUCCUCGUCCAGACUGGGCACGGUACGAGGAGGCCGGUAAGUUUGCCGGCAUUGCACAAGUUCCCAAGAGAAUGCUGGCUCAUUUUCCAUUCUGCAAAAUAGAUAUUUACCUUUUCGAGGGCAACCCGACAUUCAACCCGGCGCUUGUUGAGGCAAAGCAGCGACAUCGCUCUCGAGGAGUCAACGUCAACAUCUUUCCCUCCACGGUUGUAGAUGUCAGAGACGGAACUCGUAUGUUUUACUUGGAUACCAUAAAUGAUGAGCACGACUACUGGGGAUCUUCGAUUUACGCCAACCACCCCGACGCUGUGGACUCGGGCUCAAACGGAACCGAGCUCACUGCCAUUAAUAUCUCGAGAUGGCUCUUAAUGAACACUCUACCCCACGACUUUGUUGUGGUCAAGAUGGACAUUGAAGGAAGCGAGUACGAUGUUAUUCCGCACAUGGCAGAGAUGCGGGUGUGGACGGUCAUUGAUCAUCUCCUUGUUGAAUGGCAUAGCGGAUUACACGAUGAGGAUGCCGUUCGAAGAGCCGAAAUGGGGAUGAAAAAGUUGGUUGCCGAGGGAGUAAACAUGCCUGAAUACGAUUCCCCUGCUUAG